UGUUGUGAAAGGAGCUGAACUCGGGUUGAGAAGAUAAUAAUAAACACACUUACACACACACUCUCCCGCACAUACAUACACACUUGUACUCAAACAGAACGAGUUUCAUCCUGAGUGUUAAAGUUUUGAGCCAAAAUGGCGGACGAUGCUGACAUGAGGAACGAGCUGACCAACCUGCAGGAGCGGGCGGACCAGCUGGCUGAUGAAUCGUUGGAGAGUACCCGGCGCAUGCUGCAGCUGGUGGAGGAGAGUAAAGAUGCCGGGAUCAGGACUUUGGUUAUGCUGGAUGAACAGGGAGAACAACUGGAGCGCAUUGAGGAGGGCAUGGAUCAGAUCAACAAGGACAUGAAGGAAGCAGAGAAGAACCUGACGGACCUUGGGAACCUGUGUGGAAUCUGUCCCUGUCCCUGUAACAAACUGAAAGAGCGAGGACAGAAUUGGGGAAACAAUCAGGACGGCGUUGUCUCCAGCCAGCCGGCUCGUGUGGUGGAUGAACGUGAGCAGAUGGCCAUCAGCGGGGGAUUUAUUCGCAGGGUAACAAAUGAUGCACGGGAGAAUGAGAUGGAUGAGAAUCUGGAGCAGGUUGGCAGCAUCAUCGGGAAUUUGCGUCACAUGGCUCUGGACAUGGGCAACGAGAUCGACACUCAGAACCGCCAGAUCGACAGGAUCAUGGAGAUGGCUGAUUCCAACAAAACGAGGAUCGACGAGGCCAACCAGCGCGCCACAAAAAUGCUGGGAAGCGGCUAAACAUGGAGAAGUUAUUUUCAUCCUUCUGUCCCACUUCCUGUCUGUUUUCUCUACUAUAUAGUCACUUGAUAGCUUUACACAAGCACACACACACAUACACGCACAUACACACACAUAUCGUAGAAAUUGCUGUUCUGUAUUGUAUAGCGGUGAUGAUUCAUUAUUGAUGAUUCAUUCCUUUUAAAUGAUCAUUUUAGGUGAAUCAUGUGAAUUGAUUCAUGAUUACAAAAAAUUUCAUACUCAUUCUGCUUUCAAAAUUUUUCGUCACUUAAUGUACCUUUACCUUAAAGUUUCUUUCUAUUGGUUGCAGAAAAUAUUCAAACUUCGAUGUCUCCCAAACGAGGUGUCGCCUUUUCCCCUUAUAUGGUCAAAGCAAGCACGAUUUUGUAGUAUACAUAUAGUUUAUAGUAAGUUACAGUAAGAUCUUAAUCAUCUAAUCAGCUUGAUGACUCAAAAGCGUUGAAUCUAACAAAUCUAAUAGAAUUUGGUCUGACUCGACGAGUCGAAUAAGUAAACUCACGAUCCUCAUCGCUGCCUGGUAUAUCGUGUAAUCCCUCUCACGCUGUAAAUACACACACGCCAUUCCAUACGUCUACCUGUAUGUACUGUAUAUAAGCAGUGCUUUUGAUGACUUUAUCUCACGUGUAAUGGGUUUCUUUUUGUUUGUUUUUUUUAAUAUACUUUAUGAAUGAGCUGUAACAAGAGAUUACUACUCUGCUUAGUACCUUCGAUCUUUCACGCUUUCUCUCACUCUCUCUUUCUCUCUAUAUAUAGAUAUAUACAUACUGUAUAUGUCUUUAUUUAAUAUAAUAUAUCAUAAUAUAUUGUAUGCACACUCAGAGUGAAUCGCCAACAGUAGUGUUGUGUAGUUUGUGUCUUCAGCUUUUUAUCUAAAUUUUGAAUUUGCACAUGAGGAAUAUUGAAAAAUAACGAGGAAAGGAAACAGAGAGUUUGGAAUGAAUUAUGUGUGUGUGUGUGUGUGUGUGUGUGAGAGAGAGAGAGAGAGAGAGACUGUGUGUUCCAGUAUGUCCAUAACUGGCACCUUGAUGAUGUCACCAUGUUGAGUGUUUGAUAAAGCAGCAGGUGAAAACAUACACGGGAUUUCAGAAGGAAGCAAAAGCAUGUAAGAUUUCAACCACUUUACCACCCGAAAGCCAUAAUGUGCUUCAAUACUACAGUUGAUCUAAUUUUAAGCAAAGUCUCACAUUGUCUAUGGAGAAUAUUGUAAAGAAAAAUUACAAUAAAAUUCAACAGUACUCCUGUG